AUGGCAAAAGCGAACGCUCUCGUGUUUGCGCCCUUCCUCGUGAUUAUGACUGGUAUUGCAUGCGAUCACGUCCCCCUUCAGUCACGUGGUUCGUAUCUGAGGGCGCAGAUGGCAAGUUCAGCCCUUAAACACGAGGUUGGCGUGGCUCAAAUGUUCCCGAUGUUCCCUCUGGCUAGCAAUCCAGCGCCACCUUCCAGAAUCUCCUCGAUCAAUCAACGACUGCCAGCCAACUCAUGGAAUUCUUACCCUUCACACGAAUACCCUCCGUCAUACUAA